AUGUCAAAUGCCCGUUAUAAGGAAGAUGAUUCAAGCAGCUAUAACACAGUAGAAGCUCAGAAGGAGUAUGAGGAUCCCGAAUACUUCUAUGGAGGAAUAGGAGUUGCGCCCAGUAGUGCAAGCCAGAGUGGAGCUCGAAUGGUAUUGUCUUCACCUCCACCACAUCCUCCUCCGUUAAGACAGCCAACUCACAUUGCCAUCACAAACAAUAAGAAGAAAGCAACUCCACGAUGGAGGUUGAUUUGUUCUUUCGCUAUCUUGAUAUUCAUUUGUCUAAUUUUAAUUAUUUCAUUAGUUGUUUUCUUAACAAUUGGAGCCAACAACACUGGCUUCUUCUCCCAACAAAAUCCAGUUUACACGAACGGAGGUGAACCUGUUUUUCCUAUACUGCCACCUGAAACAAUUAGAAGAGCAGAUUUUGAAGUGACACCUAAUCAUCUUUUGACCUUGAUGAUAACAAAAAGGAAAAUAUGUGUCUUCGAGGCAGGAAAUGGAGAUGCCACUCAUAGCUUAGCUGCCUUUGAGCAAGAUCACAUUGAAUCUGCCCGACUUCUGUUCCAUUCUAACUUGAGCCACAACGGAGUUCCUGUUCAUCCACUCCAAUUCCAAAGAUAUGCUCGUUCCUUGGGAGUUGAUAAUGAUUGUCACGUUGUGAUUUAUGACAGAGGGCAAGUGAUUUGGAGUACUUACGCCGCUUGGGUUUUCAAGCUUUUUGGUCAUCCUAGAGUUUCUUUACUGGGUGGAGGCUAUUUAUCCUGGAAAACACAACAGGGAAGAUCACAUCAGUAUAAAACUGAAUCAGGGAUUCCUAGAAGAAGAGGACAGGGAGAUUUCUUAUCAUCUUGGAAUGAUUCCUUGAUUAUAACAUUCGAUGAUGUCUUCUUGAACACAGAAUCUGGAGGAUUCGACAUCGUUGAUGCACAAACGAAAGAGGAGUAUCAUGGAGUAGCCACCGGCGCUUUAUAUGGACAUAUCCGAGGUUCAAUUAACAUACCAGUAGAUACUGUUUAUGAUUGGGGAACUGGCCAAUGGUUAGCAACAUCUGAUUUAGCCACAGUUUUCGAAAAUGCAGGCCUCAGCACCAACCGUCCCGUGAUUGUCUAUUGUUCAACAUCAUUGCGAUCUUCGAUGAUAUGGUGGGCAUUAACCAAAGCUGGAUAUGAAGCUCGUAUCUAUUUCGGUGGAUGGCCCGAAUGGGUAAUUCGAGCUCCAGACUCUCUCAAAGUCCUCAACGCAAACUAA